AAAAUAUAUAAAAUGAAGAACAUCUUUCCUAAGUGAUAUUGUAUUAAGAAAAUGGUCAUUCGGUGUUUAUUUAUUUUUGCCCUUGUGGCAUUUGUGAGUUCACGUAAUGUUGAUUCUUCUCCCUUUAAGGGGACGCAAGGUCUUUGGAUUACGUGCGAUAAUCAAGAAAAAUUAAAUUUUGUUCUUCAAUAUAAAGAAGUUCCUGGUUUUGAUUUUAUUAAAAUUACCCGUCUUCCUGAGGAAAAUGUUCAUAUUUUAGUAGCAGCUCAGCAAUUAUCAUUUUUCAAAAAAUCACUUGAUUACAAAAAUAUUAAAUAUAAUGUUGUAAUUGAUGAUUUUCAAGAAUUAAUCAAUGAAGAAUCACGUUCACAAAGAAAUGCUCGAUCUAAUGAAUUUACUAAACCUUAUGAUUUCACUUAUUUUCCACGUCACGAAGAAAUUAAUAAUUACUUGAAGGAUAUUUCGGAGAAUAAUAAUGAUAUUACAUUGAUAAAUAUUGGUAAAAGUUUUGAAAAUCGUGAUAUGUAUGGAGUGAAAAUUUCAAGUGGUGAAAAUAAAAAGAAACCAGCAAUUUUCAUUGAUGCUGGAAUUCAUGCAAGAGAAUGGAUUGCACCAACAACAGCUCUUUAUGUUAUUUCACAACUUGCAAAUAUAACAAAUAAACAUCUUUAUCAAAAUGUUGAUUGGUACAUUCUUCCACAAAUAAAUCCCGAUGGUUAUGAAUAUUCUCACACUGGUCAUCGAAUGUGGCGUAAAACAAGAUCAAAUACUGGAUCAAAAUUAUGUCCAGGUGUUGAUGGAAAUAGAAAUUUUGGUUAUAAAUGGAUGGAAGUAGGUGCUUCGAAUAAUCCAUGUUCUGAUACUUUUGCUGGAAAGAAACCAUUUUCAGAAAUUGAAACACAAAAUGUACGUGAUUUUGUUUUGUCAAAGAAGGGGGCAAUUAAAAUUUAUUUAACAUUCCACUGUUAUGGACAGUACUUGUUACAUCCAUGGGGUUAUACUUCAGAUUUACCGGAAAAUGAACCAACACUUAAAGAAGUAGCGGAAAAAGCUGAAGAAGCAUUGUCUGCUAUUCGUGGAACUCAUUAUAAAAUUGGAAGUUCGACUAACGUAUUGUAUCCAGCAGCGGGAGGAAGCGAUGAUUGGGUGAUGGCUGUUGGAGGAGCAGAUUUAUCAUAUACUGUUGAAUUACCAGGCAAAUCUUUUGUUACACCAACAUCACAAAUUUUGCCAGUUGGUACUGAAACUUUUGAAGCUAUUAAAAUUUUUGGUAAAUACGCAGCAAAAAAAUAUGUCUAGUGAUUUUAUUUUUUUAUACUUGUAAAUAAACACAAAUUUUAUCUAA